GGGCUGAGGCUGUGUGUACCUUCUUUAGCAAACCAAAAAAGAUUCUCACACACAAAAUAGUCUCCUCCCUUCGGUUUGCAGCCACUGGCUAUAAAAACGGUUUGUUUCUCCUUGAGGAUUUGACAUGCGGAUUCAAUCUACCUGGCCAUCCUACGAAUUGCGGUUUGGCUCUUCAACUCUCUUUAAAGACUUGAGCUUUAUAAGGACUAGAACAACCACCGUCUGCCCUCCUUGCUCUUCUGUCUCCGCCACCAUGUCCACCAUUUCCACGGAAAAGGAUGCCCUUUCCGGUCAAACAGAGUCGAGCCAGAUGACCCAGAAGCCUUUACAGGUCGCAAAGCGAUUGGAAAAAUUCAAGACGACAAUUUUCACGCAAAUGAGUACUCUUGCCAUUAAACAUGGAGCAAUAAACCUUGGGCAAGGGUUUCCCAACUUUGAUGGUCCCAAGUUUGUAAAGGAAGCUGCGAUUCAGGCCGUAAAUGAUGGGAAAAAUCAAUAUGCUCGUGGAUAUGGGGUUCCAGACUUAAACAAUGCCAUUGCUGAGCGAUUCAAGAAAGACACUGGACUUGUUGUGGACCCUGAGAAGGAAAUAACUGUUACCUCUGGGUGCACAGAGGCAAUUGCAGCAACCAUGUUGGGCUUGAUAAAUCCUGGUGAUGAGGUUAUCCUCUUUGCUCCAUUUUAUGAUUCUUAUGAAGCCACUCUUUCCAUGGCUGGUGCUAAAGUAAAAGGUAUCACACUAUGCCCUCCGGAUUUUGCUGUCCCCAUUGAUGAACUGAAGUCUGCAAUCUCAAAGAAUACUCGUGCAAUUCUCAUCAAUACUCCGCAUAAUCCUACUGGAAAGAUGUUCACCCGAGAGGAACUUGACACUAUUGCAUCUCUGUGUAUUGAAAAUGAUGUACUGGUGUUCACUGAUGAAGUUUAUGAUAAGUUGGCUUUUGAAAUGGAUCACAUUUCUAUGGCUUCUCUUCCAGGAAUGUACGAGCGUACAGUAACCCUGAAUUCCUUGGGGAAAACAUUCUCGUUAACGGGGUGGAAGAUCGGUUGGGCUAUAGCUCCCCCUCACCUGUCAUGGGGAGUGCGACAGGCACACUCUUAUCUCACUUUUGCUACCUCCACUCCUAUGCAGUGGGCGGCUGCAACAGCUCUCAGAGCCCCAGACUCCUACUUUCUCGAGCUGAAAAGAGAUUACUCAGCAAAGAAGAAACUUUUGGUGGAGGGAUUGAAGGCUGUUGGUUUCAAAGUGUACCCGUCCAGGGGGACCUACUUUGUGGUUGUGGAUCACACUCCUUUUGGCUUGCCAAAUGAUGUUGCAUUUUGUGAGUAUCUGAUCAAGGAAGUUGGUGUGGUGGCAAUCCCUACUAGUGUGUUUUAUUUAAACCCAGAAGAAGGAAAGAAUCUAGUUAGAUUCACUUUCUGCAAGGAUGAGGGAACUCUAAGGGCUGCAGUUGAGAGGAUGAAAGAGAAGCUGAAAAAUUAAGUCACAGGUGUGGUUAGAGUAAGUGAAAAUUAUCAUUACCACUUUAGCUUCCUUUAAAAAGCAUUUGAGUUGAAGAGAAACUCCUGCAUUUGAAGGAGUAUUUUAGAAUUCUGAAUUUUUAUAAGAUUGUGUAGCCAUGCGCAGAGUAAAACUGGUUUGUGUU